AUGAAUUGUUUUAGACAGUUUUUUCCUCUGCCCAUUACCCCGACUACUGUUCGGAAGUUUCGAAAUACAACAGAUCCAGCUCCUGGUGCUAAAGUAAUAUUCUACGGCACAGCGAAUGAUCCCGACAUUGCAACUCACUUGACACAUGGCAUAAAGUCACGUUCCUCAUCCAGUGUAGCUUCAUUGAUAAGUCCAAUUCCUAAAACUGUUUUUCAAGAAAAGAUAGAAGACAUGAAAGAAGCAAUCUACUAUAGUAGUCGUGAAGAACGUUUGGGUAGAACACAUGAUCAAUCUCCUAUGUUACCUCAGGGCUUGGAUAUAAUUAAUACUACAUUUGGAAUAAAAACCAUCAAAGAUAUACCAGCUGGAUUGCUUGUGAAUCCACCAAAAACCUUUGAGGAAGUGAAUAAAGAAGCCAGAGAAGGGCAUGAUUUGUAUGUUGUGUCACAUGAGGCUUAUGAUGUGGGGGAAGCAGUCAAUAGGAAGUAUAACUCACACUUCAACAAGUCGUUUGUAUAUGGAAUGGAAACCCCUCACUUUGAAGAUGGGCGAAAUACAGCCAAGACCUUAAACUGGGUCUUUGAUCUGGAAUCGAAGAGAGCAGCUAACCUUGUAUUGAAACGAAGUGAUGAUUUCAAGGAAAAAUUUCAACCUCAGCUUGGAAAAGCCCUUGAUCCCAUGGCAGAAACUAUGAAUGUUCCCCCAGGCCAUACAUUUGGAUUGGUAGUCCCUCCAGAUGAAUAUGGAAUUUAUGAUCUUCUUCAUGUCCGUGUUCCAUGUGAGUUCCUCCGUGGUAAGGACAGAGAAAAAGCUGUCUUGAUUGCAGUUCGGCAGAGUUUGAAGAAAGCUAACUAUGAGAAUUUUGAUGUGUUGCUAGAAGCAUUCAGACAUUAUGAUAAGAAUGGUGAUGGAAUGAUAGACAAGGACAAUCUACGAAAGUCCUGUUUUCAGGUUAAUCUGAAUCUAGAUGAUGAGCUCCUGGAUUCCUUAUUUGACUGUUGUGAUUUGGAUAAAGAUGGUCUGAUUAAUUAUCUGGAGUUUGCAAGCUUUCUGAACUGGAAAAACAAAACAGCUGUUAAAGAGUUUGAAGAAAAAAUAAUUGCAAAAGGGAAAAAAUUACGUGCCUGUCUUGUUCCUGAAGACACACAGAGAAAAGAUGAACCACAGGUGAAGCAGGAAGAUCUCAUGUUAAAAGAACCAGAAAGCUCAGAAAAGACACCAAAACCGCCUACAAAACCAACAGACCGUGUAUUUGCAAGUUAUCAAACAACAUCUUCUCAGUAUAAUGCUGUAGUGGGUGGUCUUCCACUGUCCUGUUAUCCAAUGUGUGGUAUUCCAACUAUUCGUUCAGAUAUUCCUGCUCCUCGAAUUCGCCGCCUCAGUGACACAACUAAUUAUGGUGACCAGGGCAGUAGUUUUGCAUUAUUGUUCCCUUCUGUCUUCGGUCAAAACGGAGUGCAUGAAAGAGAGCUUUUAAAAAAGAGACCAAAGGCAGAGAUUGCACAAAUGCUCCACAACAUUGGCAUGGACGUUUCAGGUGAAAAGUUAGAAGAAAUAUGGAAGCAAGUGUGUACGAAACAUGAGAUAAAAGAACUUUGUGAUUGUGAAGAAAAUAUGUGGAAUAUACUGCACAUAAUAACAUGAAUCACACACAAAAACCCAUUGCUGAUUCUACUCUCUGGGCAUUGCAUUUAUUUAAAUUGAUAGAAUUCUGAUGCUGAAUACAAUAAAUAUUUUCAAUAAUGUGUGUUUAUUGGUCUGGAGUUCUCUGUGUAUUGUCUUUCUGAAUAGUGGGUUCACCACGUAUAUAUAGAUCAUCAUGUUAGUAGGAACUGAUAUCCCUAGUAAUAAAAGAGAAUACAGCAUGAUUGUAACUUGA